AGAAGAGGCAAGAAUUCCUGAAGCUUCGUCGACAGCAGCAGAUUGAAAGAGAGCUGACUGGUUAUUUGGAGUGGAUCUGUAAAGCAGAAGAGGUGAUGCUGGCUGAGGAAGACAAGAACGCUGAGGAGAAGUCUGUGGAUGGAGCGUGGUACAAAAGGAAACAUAACCCCAACUCUGUGCUGAAAAGAACGAAGAAGAGUAAGAAUGACCUCAUUAAUGCAGAAGAAGGGGAGGACCAUUUCACUGACAUUUCAUCAGUUGCCCCCCCAGGGUCACCAUUUGCACGAGCGAGUGUGAAGAGCAAGAACGAGAGCUCGUCUUACCUGAGGAGGAAGGAGAAGAGAAUUCGCUUCACCAUCCGCCACCUGGUCAAAUCCCAGACGUUUUACUGGACUGUAUUAUGUCUUGUUGGCCUCAACACACUGUGUGUAGCUAUAGUACACUAUGACCAGCCAGAGUGGCUUACGUAUGCAUUAUACCUGGCCGAGUUUGUGUUUCUGGGCUUGUUCCUGGCUGAGAUGACCAUGAAAAUGUACGGUCUUGGACCCCAGAGCUACUUCCACUCUUCUUUUAACUGUUUUGAUUUUGGGGUCAUUAUUGGGAGUAUUUUUGAGGUGGUCUGGGCUGCCAUCAAACCUGGGGCUUCAUUUGGUAUCAGUGUCCUGAGAGCGCUGCGAUUACUCCGGAUCUUCAAAGUUACCAAGUACUGGAACUCUUUGAGAAACCUGGUGGUAUCCCUACUCAACUCUAUGAAGUCCAUCAUCAGUCUGUUGUUCCUGCUCUUCCUCUUCAUCGUGGUCUUUGCUCUGCUGGGAAUGCAGUUGUUUGGUGGACAGUUUAACUUUGAGGAUGAAACUCCAACAACCAACUUUGACACAUUCCCAGCUGCUAUUCUCACUGUGUUUCAGAUUCUAACGGGGGAGGACUGGAAUGCUGUCAUGUACCAUGGGAUAGAAUCUCAGGGUGGUGUGCAUGGAGGAAUGUUCUCCUCCAUUUAUUUCAUUAUUCUCACUCUUUUUGGAAACUACACGCUGCUCAACGUGUUCUUGGCCAUCGCUGUUGAUAACCUUGCAAAUGCCCAGGAGCUUACAAAGGAUGAGGAGGAACAGGAGGAGGCAAUCAGCAAAAAGUUGGCUCUUCAGAAGGCUAAAGAGGUUCAGGAAGUCAGCCCUAUGUUGGCUGCUAACAUUUCAAUCACAACGAGUUAUGUCUGCACCCCAGUCCAUCACUACCUGAGCAAUGAGCAGCAGAGGUCAGUCAAGACGAUGUCUGUCUGGGAGCAGAAAGCCAGCCAGCUGAGGAGGCACAAUCAGGCGAGCUGCGAGGUCUUAUAUGAUCCCGAGGAGUGUGUCCACCUCCCCUCUGGCCUUCAGAUGCGGCCUGACAUGAAGACCCACCUUGACCGGCCCCUGGUUGUUGGGCAUUCCGAUGGGCUGCUGGUGAGAGGCCAUCAACAUCACCGUCACAAGCCGGGCACGCCAGAGGAAGCAGAGACUGCCGCUGAUCCACCGUCUGCUCCGCCUCAUUCUCAUCACCGUCAUCACCGCCACAGAGUCAGAGGGCCGGCUAAGGUGAAAGAAGAGCCUAAUGACAGCGGUGGUGACAGUGGGAAAGACGGAAGGCAACACGUCCAUCACAGCCACUCCAAAAACCAUGACUACAGCUGUAGACAAGAGGGGAAGAGCGGGAGGUCCUGCAGCAAAGACAGGAGCAGAAAGCAUCACAGUUCAAUGGAUGAGAGCGCAGGUGGGGGGGCCACAAGAGAGAGAGAGCAUCGGCAUCAUCAUUCACAUCGACAGUCCAGAGGGGGGAAUGGGACAGUGAAUGGUGGGGGUCGAGGCGAGCACAGGGUUCACCGUAAAGAUGGCCGAUCAUCUAACAAGGAUGGGGACAGGGAGGGCAAGAGGAGAAGGCAUCACACACACGGGUCGAGGAGUCAGUCCAGGGCUGAAGGAGAGGAGUCAAAUGAGAGAGAAGAGCCAAAUACUAACAGGUUUGGUGACUCAGAUGACAUUUCCCAGCAGCCAGGCUCUCUGGAAACGUCUGGCCAGCCAGAGGACUCAGACAACCAGAAGAAUGUCAGAAGAACAGGGCAGACUUCCAUCCGCAUUCCCCCUGUGACUAUCACCACACCUGGAGAGAUCACUAUGAUACAAAUGAAUAGUACUGACAAUGAAUCAAUGCCUAUGAAUGAGAAGAACCUGAAGGAUCAAUGUCACUCUGGACCAAGACCCAUCUUACCUUACAGCUCAAUGUUUAUCUUUGGACAGACCAACCCGGUGAGGCGGUUAUGUCACUACAUUGUGACCCUGCGGUAUUUUGAGAUGUCCAUCCUGGUUGUUAUCGCAAUGAGCAGCAUUGCUCUGGCAGCUGAGGAUCCAGUCUGGACAAAUGCCCCUCGCAACAAUGUGCUCAAAUAUCUGGACUAUGCCUUUACUGGGGUUUUCACUUUCGAAAUGGUGAUCAAAAUGGUGGAUCUUGGACUGCUUCUCCAUCCUGGAUCUUACUUCAGAGACCUGUGGAACAUUCUGGACUUCAUAGUGGUCAGUGGGGCUCUGGUGGCAUUUGCAUUUUCGAGCUUCAUGGGAUCGCAGCAAGCUGUGACCAGGGGGACUAAAGGCAAAGACAUCAGCACCAUCAAGUCACUGAGGGUCCUCAGGGUUCUUAGGCCUCUGAAGACCAUCAAACGUCUGCCAAAACUCAAGGCCGUGUUUGACUGUGUGGUCAACUCUUUGAAGAACGUGCUGAACAUCCUCAUUGUUUACAUCCUCUUCAUGUUCAUUUUUGCUGUUAUUGCGGUUCAGCUCUUCAAGGGAAAAUUCUUCUAUUGCACCGAUGAGUCCAAAGCCCUGGAGAAAGACUGCAAAGGACAAUUUCUUGACUACGACAAAGAAACAGUGGCAGCAAUGCCAAGAGAGUGGAAAAAAUAUGAAUUCCAUUAUGACAAUGUACUCUGGGCCUUCCUAACUCUCUUCACAGUCUCAACCGGGGAGGGCUGGCCAACUGUUCUGAAACAUUCUGUUGAUGCUACCUUCGAAGAUCAAGGUCCCAGCCCUGGCUACCGCAUAGAGAUGUCCAUCUUCUAUGUGGUCUACUUUGUGGUCUUUCCAUUUUUCUUUGUCAACAUCUUUGUUGCUCUGAUCAUAAUCACUUUCCAAGAACAGGGAGACAAGGCCUUGUCUGAAUGCAGUUUGGAAAAGAAUGAGAGAGCUUGCAUUGACUUUGCCAUAAAUGCGAAACCUUUGACACGCUACAUGCCAGAGAACACACAGUCCUUCCAGUACAGGAUGUGGAAGUUUGUCGUUUCAGCUCCAUUUGAGUACUCCAUUAUGAUUAUGAUUGCUCUCAACACUGUGGUACUCAUGAUGAAGUUUUAUGGAGCUCCAGACUUUUAUGAGGCAAUGUUGAAGUACCUGAACAUAGUGUUCACCACUCUUUUCUCUCUGGAGUGCAUUCUCAAGAUCAUCGCCUUUGGGCCCCUGAACUACUUAAAAGACGCCUGGAAUGUAUUUGACUUUGUGACAGUUUUGGGGAGCAUCACUGACAUCCUGGUGACUGAAAUCAAAACUACGGACAGACUAUUGAAUUUGAGCUUCCUGAGGCUCUUCAGAGCAGCUCGGCUCAUCAAGCUGCUGAGGCAGGGCUACACCAUCCGCAUCCUGCUCUGGACCUUUGUCCAGUCUUUCAAGGCUCUGCCGUAUGUGUGCCUGCUUAUUGCCAUGCUGUUCUUCAUUUAUGCCAUCAUUGGGAUGCAGGUGUUUGGGAACAUUGAGCUGAAUGAAGACACAGCUAUCAGCCACCAUAACAACUUCCGCACUUUUCUCCAGGCUCUUAUGCUGCUGUUCAGGAGUGCAACUGGAGAAGCCUGGCAUGAGAUCAUGCUGUCGUGUCUGAGUCAUCGACCCUGUGAUGAGCUCUCAGGGACUAGUGGAAAAGACUGUGGCAGUGAUUUUGCCUACUUCUACUUUGUCUCCUUCAUCUUCCUCUGCUCCUUCCUGAUGCUGAAUCUCUUUGUGGCUGUCAUAAUGGAUAACUUUGAGUACCUCACCAGAGACUCCUCCAUCCUGGGGCCUCAUCAUCUUGAUGAAUUCAUUCGAGUUUGGGCCGAGUAUGACCCAGCUGCUUGCGGACGGAUUUCCUAUAUGGAUAUGUACAAUUUGUUGCGCGUUAUCUCACCCCCCCUUGGCUUAGGGAAGAACUGCCCUAAUAGGGUAGCAUACAAGCGUCUUGUGAAGAUGAACAUGCCCAUCGCUGAUGACAAAACAGUUCACUUUACCUCCACUCUAAUGGGCCUGAUUCGCACUGCGCUGGAGAUCAAGUUGGCCUCAGGUAUGGUCCUGCAGCGAUUAAUGGAUGCUGAGUUAAAGAAAGAAGUGUCCACAGUUUGGCCGAGCCUCUCACAGAAGACCAUGRAUUUGUUGGUGACGCCACACAAACCCAAUGAGCUAACGGUAGGAAAGGUUUACGCAGCACUGAUGAUCUUUGACUACUUGAAACAGAAUCGAACGAGGAGGCUGCAGCAGAUGGCCAACUCUGACGCCCAGUGCAAGGUCGAAGCUCUGUUUAAGCCAUUGCUGCCUCUGACUCACAUGCAGGGCUCACCCAGUGCUCCUCAAUCUCAGCAAAGCCUGGAGUCAUUCCGUCAAGUGGUCAGCUCUAACUCCAUCAACAAUGGAGGGAUGCUGCCAGGUUAUGACCCCAGAAAUAAAUCAGUACCUUCCACUGGGAUAGAGAGGCCCACUGAGGAGGUCUAUCCCAAACCAAAGAGAACCAUAUCCAAAGGCCCAUCAGUGGACACAUCAAACGCUGUCAAUCAGGAGUCAGUAGAGCUGAACAGUGUCAGCAGCACAGUUCCAGUCCCAGGCCCUGGUCCAGGUCUGGAGAGCCAGGGCAGGGCUGCUUCAAUGCCUCGGCUCAACGUGGAGCUCCAGUCUGGUCGUGAUGCUAGCUCUAUGAGACGCUCUGUUACCACUGUAGCUCCACAGCGGCCCCAGGAGGUUAACCUUAGGGACUACACCCUAGAGAAACCUCGUCAUGAAAGAACACAUCACCAUCACCACCACCAUCACUGCCACCACCGCAGAGACCGGGACAAAGACAAGAGACAAGCGUCUUUGGAUACCCCUUUUGGGGGCCAACCUCCCAACUCAGCUGGUGGACCAGAAGAGCCAGCAUCUGAACCUGCUGCCUCCAGAGAGCGAGCCCAUAAACGUGGGCGCUCCCAUGAAAGGAAACACCAUCACUCCUCAGCAGACAAGCAACGUUAUUACUCCUGUGACCGCUACUGCAGCCGGGAACGCUGCUGUCCCAAAUCUGCUACUGCCGCCUGCUCGUACCGAGAGGAGCAGGAAACCAGCAAAAAGCAGGGCAGUGGUUUGGUUAAAGGCAGCCCAGAUGCAUCAAGAUCCGGUUCUAGCACACUAAGCCGUGGACGCCGGCUGCUCCCACAGGUCCCACACACCCCACGGCCUGGGGUGGGAUAUAAGACUGCACACCCUUCUCAAGUGCCCUUUGUGUCUAGUCAGGCUUUUCAGAGUCCUGGCCGACUAAGCCGUGGCCUGUCGGAACACAACACCCUCCGUCAUAGUGGUUCCUACUACUUCCCCUGCCCUGUCACUCGUAUCAGCUCGGAGCCCUUUUUGGGCCAGGGCCAUGGUGAGACCCUGGGCAGUCCUUACAGCAGCUUCCAGAACCAGCUGGAURUCUUCCAGGAUGUGGCACCACUGUCCCCUACCCCUAGUGCCGAACAGUCACCCCGGACCACACUGCCUCGAAUGAUGGGAGCCCUACAUCCAACUUUUGGUGUAGAACCGAGUGUGCCCAAUGGGUACCACUUACGUUUAGGGGGCAGCACCAGCCCAGGCACUGGAUACAGGGCACUGAGGUACAGAAGGUAGAUGGGAAUGAAUGGUGCUACCAUGGCUUUAAACCAACCUUUUUAAUGCAUUUUUGAGGCAUUAUGAUGGGUUUUAUCAGCUUUUCUGAAGGCUUUAGUUUACAUGAUCACUUUGUGUUUAAUACUGUAUUCUAGCUCAGAAAGUUAAAGUGAUGUUUCACAUGGCAUUCUAAAAUGAACGAGAAAAGACAUUUCCUUUCCAAUAGAAGACACAUUUGUCUGGCAGUUGUUAGGGUGUUUUUUACCUCAGUGUUUUGUCGAAACCACCAUAUUGAGCUUGAAAGAAUAAUUGAAAUGGGAUAAUCAUUUUCCAUGUUCUAGUAAUAAUACUCUACAACCUGAACAAAUAAGAGUCUUACAGUUUUAGAUAAGACUUAUGCAGACCAGCUGUAUAUUCAAAUUCAGCCUUUAUUUUGUCUUAUUUAAACGUAGCGUUCAGUGUGGGACCUGGGUGUUUUCCUCAUGAUGGCCGUCGUGCUACACAUAAUGCCUUUUGCCAUUGUGGAGAAAAUGAGUUGUGGUGUGUGUGUGUAGCUAACUUUUUGACCAAUAGUUCUUUUAUUAAAACUUAAAGCUGCACUAAGUUGUCCAUCCAUUAGUCAGCAAUUAUAACAGAUUCCCCCUUUUCAAUGAUGAUUUAACAGGUUCAAAUAGCCAUUUUAUUCUUCAUGUUGGUGAUGAAUCCACUUGGUUCUGUUUAAUUAUGGAGCUUGCACUGUUCCCAAGUAUUCAUGCAAAGUGAACUCUUGAAAUUCUGUGAAGGAUGUCUCUGAGCAGACAUUUUUAGAUUGCUAACCACAAAAUACCAGCGUGUUAUUUUGAUUAUUUUUUUUAUAUAUUCUUUUUAUUUCAGACAGACAUUUCACCAACAAAACAUAACAAAGACUUUCAUAUUUCUAAGUGUAAAUACAACACCUUAUUACCAAAUAUACAUACUCAAAUACUCCACUUGUUCGAUGACUGUGAGCCUGAAAAAGAGCAUGAUGAAGUUUAACUURUAUAAUCAUACCCCUUUUCCAUUCAGUAAUUCAUAAGUAAUCUUCCCAUUUYCCAUAUCCCUUUUAAAUAAAAAUAGUUUCUGAACCAGAUGAAAAUAACACACACACACUCAUAUACACACUCACAUAUGUAUA